CAAAAUCCGAUCUGGAUCCAAUCAGAAUUCUUCAUUCUCCCCGAUAGCUAAAUUCAAACUCUCUUUCAACUUCUCAAUUUAACAUCCUAAAUCUCUCUCUCUCUCUCUUCCCCCUUCCCUUUUUUCGGGGGGAUGUUCCAUUUCUUUCUCACCCCAAAACAGGGUAUUCAUUCCAUUUUCUACCUGUGACCUUUGACCUUCGACCUUCGACCUUCGACCUUCUCUCUCUCCUCCCUCCCUCGUCUUUCAACGGAUCCAUCUCCCUUCCAAAUUCUUGCUCAUAUUAUAUAUCUACUUACUUGGCAUAUCACACAGGUGAAUGUAAUCAGUCUUUUCUUUCAUAUAGACAAACGACCGAUCGACCGAAACAAAAGUACAAAUAAAUCCUCAAUGAAGCAAUACACCGGCGACAAACAACCACCACAACACUAACUGGACUCGAACUCGAAUCAAAUCCCCAAGGACGGUCCCUGAAGAGCUUCCCUUCCCCUCCCCUCCCCAAAAGACACACACACCACACCUUUCAAUUCUUGAUAACUUUUCUUCAAUAUCAGCUGGAGAUCUCCUUUUCUUCUUCUAUUGUUGUAUAGCGUAUAGCGUAUAUCACAUUCUACAUUCUACAUUCUACAUUCUCCAUCUCCAUUGCGACCACGAAAUACAAUCAAAAUAAUGUCCUUCUUUUGAUUUCCCAUUUCCCUUCUCUCCCCUCUCUCCCUUACGACAUUGUUCUCCCACACAUAUACACACAUAUACACACACAAUCACCGUAACGAGUAUUCGCAUGUACUCGAACGAAUCGAAUUGACCACUGUUUUUUUAUUUGAAAGAAAUUUGUGAGAAGGAGGGUUGAGAAGUUGAUACUUCUCAACCAAUACCUUGCCUAUUAUCUGUACUACACUACACUACACUACACUACACUACACCAUAACCCAAUCCUCACAAGAUACAUGUACUGCUGCUUCUGUCUUUGAAAGACGCAGAACCACGAACAAGACUCAAUAUCAGUACCAUUAUCAUUACCAAUACCAAAUCAGGAUUAGGAUCAAGAUCAAAUUCAAAUUCAAAUUCAAAUUCAAAUUCAAUCAAAAGCCCCUCUUUUCAACUAUAUCCACUCUUCGAAACUUAUUCCACAUUCAUCACCAUCCAUCUGAACUCCAAUUAAUCGAAUUUCCACUUCCGUUACACUACAGAGUCCAGAACUACCUCGAUUCUCUAUUACACGUACAGGGCUUCCCUGUCAUUGCGAAACACUUCCAAUCUACUUUAUUCCUUUUACGAGAUUCGGUUGCAUUUUCUUUCGUACCAAUUUCGAAAUUCCCUCGGUCCCUUCAUACCAAAAUCGUCGCGCGAAGAAAAAAUAUCGUCAUCGACUUUUCGUCAGAGAAACCGACAUCCGAAACAAAGACAUUGAACAGAAGGGGGAAAAAAAACAAGGGAUUGAUUUUCAAAACGAGACUCGGUCGAUCCAAAAGCAAAAGGCGCGGCGCUCGAGCCAGCUUGCCCCCGUGCGACACGGUAAUUGGGCUGUCGAGCUCAAUUAAUUGAACUUUUUUUCUUCCUUUUGCUUUUUACUGCCUAUAUUCCCAUUUAAUAUUGGUCCAAAAGCCCGCGGAUAUUGGUGGUGAGCGGGUAUAUAGAUUCGGUGUUGUGGUGUGCGAAAGAUAGUGGCAGUAAUGGACUACGCCGCAUGCAACAUUGUCUACGUGGAUCGCAGAGCUCUCGAGGACAAAUUGGUGCGAAGAGAGGAUGUGGUGUCCAAUGUCUCGACCUUGGAAAAUUCGGCCCCGACCACGGAUGGCGCGACGACACCACGAGCGAUCAAUCCGGUGGAUAACAAUGUGAACAUUUUAUUGACUUCUUUCACCGAAGUUCACGUGUGUACCUCGGGCAAGUCCUGCAUGUCGAAAGUUUCCGACCUGAAUCGCGAAUCGACCGUGGAUUUAAUACCUACCCUCGUGUUGAUCGAGAUUCCGCACGAUGAUCAAGUGAAUGAGCGACCUGCGAGGGAUGUCCGGACGCCGUCGCCCAGUUCCAAGCAGCAGAAUGACGGGAUGCUGGAUGAUGAUUUUGGGGAGGUAUAUGGAAUACAAUUAUUACAAUGGGUCGCAUCCGAAAUUCAACAACACCGCUUCUCGAAGCUCGUUGUCCCGGUCGCCGUGGUCUCCUCGUCGGAGCAAAGUCUUUCGAUAGGCUCGGCAAAAAAUCGUAUGAGUUCGAGGUCGGAACCCGCUCCUGCAACCGGAUAUGAUAUGGGCAAACAAAAUCGAAAAUCGACCGGCAUCUACAUUCCAUUAGACCAGAGACGGACCAUGAAACUUUUAGACAUCGGAGCUCUGGAUGUCAUAACUAGUCCUCUUUUGCUAGAACGAUUGCCCAGUUUGGCAGUACAUGCAUAUCGCGCGCACAAAGAUGCAUCCAAGGAUCAGAGGGUAUUGUUGGAAAAGAAGAGGGGGAGGAAGCGCUCGUGGGUUGGUGUUGAGGAUCAAAAACCUUAUGCAUAUUUAAGAGAAGAAAUGGUAUCUAGAUUGAUGGAAGGAAUUUGCACGCUUAAUAGUGAAGAAGUAGAAGAAUAUGGCCAAUGGAGAGUGACGGUUUCAUUAGAUCGGAGAGAAUUGAUAGCCCAGGCCAUUAGUUCCUGGCACUUUUCGGCUCAUGAUUUUGAGGACGAUGAACUUCUUUACGCAUCAUCACUAAUGUUCCAGCAUGCACUCUCUGUACCAGAAUUGGAGAAGUGGCGGAUAUCUACAGAAAACCUGACCGCAUUUCUCAUCACCAGCCGAGAAGCAUACAUAGUUUUUGUACCAUAUCAUAAUUUCCGUCAUGUCGUCGAUGUUCUUCAAGCCAUCUUUCACUUUCUCGUCCGGUUAGGUAAUCUUCCUGAAUAUCCACCCAGCCCAGAUGGAACGACGAGUCAAAAAUCAUCGCCAAUUGCCGAACUCAUUAGACCAUUUGAUGCUCUUACCUUGAUGAUUACUGCCAUUGGCCACGAUGUAGGUCACCCUGGUGUCAACAAUGCAUUUCUUGUACAUCUGAAUGCACCACUCGCUCAACUUUAUAAUGAUCGAUCCGUCCUUGAAUCAUUCCAUUGCGCAGCUUACUCCCAAAUAUUGCGUCGUCAUUGGCUCGCGGCUUUCGAGGAGCGUGAUAUGCGACAUCUCAUGAUAAGCACAAUCUUGGCAACAGAUAUGGGUUUGCAUUUCGAUUACAUGAAGAAGCUUGGCUAUCUUCAGGAAAAGCUCCAUGAAAAUGGUGGUGUUACGGACGGUUGGAACGGUCGAACGAUCGAAGAUCAACGAACACUCGCCUGCUCUCUACUAAUCAAAUGUGCAGACAUAAGUAACGUGGCGCGAAAAUUUGAUACCGCAACUCGAUGGACCGAAAUAUUGACUGAUGAGUUCGCUCGUCAAGCAUCUAUGGAACAAGAUUUGGGUAUACCAACGGCGUUGUAUGCGGCUCCUGUUCGAGAAGUCAUUGAACUUGGCAAAUCUCAAAUAGGUUUUAUGAAUAUGUUUGCCAUACCAUUAUUUGGUGGUGUGACUGAUGUCAUGCCCGGUAUGGCAUUUUGUGUCGAGGAAUUGGAGCGAAAUAAAGCUGCCUGGGAGAGCAGGAUAGCAUUGGAACAAGAGAGAAUGAGACAAGAAGAUGGUUUCUUGGGACUUCCUGAUAGUAUGCACUCAGGCAUGCGCUCUCCCCGUACGAUGAGUAUUGCCCAGCCAUCUCAGGAUGAAUCUGCUAGCCAAGAUGUCACCUCGAGAUCAGGCGAACCCUCAAACAUCCGUGUCCAAGCAAUGCUUAACAAAGGCCCAUUUCGACAAUAUUCAAAUGAUGAAUCGCCCAAAGGUACGAAACAGGGAACAAUCGAACUUCCCCAGUCAGCGACCUUGCCUGAUCGAAGAUCAUCAAAACCCAGUUACCUUCAACUGAGUUACGCAACCGCAAGUGCACCAGGACUUCUCGAUCACCCUGGCCAAGACGUAGAAAUCUUUGCAAAUGGAGAUCGACAAAUCAAUGGCGCGCUCGUUCAGCCAUCCCUUUCUACGGACGUGGUAGUGGUAGAUCCACCCACACCUAAAGAAUUCAUCCCGCCAAACCAAAGAAUUAGUGAAACUACAACUGAGGGUAGCAACUCAGGUUCUGCUGGAGAAUGGUCUGCAGGUGCAACCACGAACAACAAAAGCCCCUUUUCACCUAGUACUCAAGCGACGAGCUUUGCGAGCGAAGAUUCGAAUAAUGAUAGAGCUGUCACACCUACUCAUGCAUCCCCACUAAUUAAUAGUUCGAGUCAUUCUUCCGCGGGCUAUGAUAAAUCAAAUCAUUCCACAAACGAUGGAUCGAGUUUGCCGGAAGCGAGUUCGGAUCUUAAAGUCUUAGCGGAGACGGGGAGAAACUUGAAAAAGAAACCCAGCCGGUUCAGAAUGAACGGAUUACAUUUCUGGAAGAGGAAAAAUGGUAAUCCGCCAAUGCCAGCCGGAAUGCCGGAUAAGCAGGAGUCUGACGGGACGGCGGGUUGAAGCGAAGUAAAAAAGGAGUAACACGAGAAUGAAAUACACAACUCGACGAAUUCACUGACGAUAAUGUUUUGAGAUGAGAUUAAGAUUUUGGUACGGCAAUCGGGGAUGUUUUGUUCAGGUUCUUGUUUGUAUGAUUAUUUUAUUUGUUUCUGUACAUUGUACACGAUGUGGUCAUUUGUUUUUGAGGUAUUUCUUUCGAAUCUUGCCACCUCCAAGGGUAAUCGAGGAUUAAAAUACCUCUGUGUUUAUGGGUUUAUUCAAAACAAAGACGGGAUUGGCGUUUCAACUUUUCUUUCCUUUUUUUUUUUCUCCUUCUUCUUCUUCUUCUGGCAUGGGGAUGGAAGAUGGAUGGGUUUCAAAUCCUCCAGAUCGAUUUGAAAGGUGUGGAUGGCGUUCGACUUUUUUUUAUGUUAAUGGAUGGUUGGUUUGGUGCUUGCUGGAUGCAUAUUUGCAUGAAUGGAUGCUGAUUGCUAUUGGGGAAAUUGGAGGGAAGGGGAGAUGGGAGAGGAGAGGAAACAACGUUUUAUAUCCAAGUUGGUAGGCAGGUUAGACUUUUGGGCUUCUAGGCCAGGGGGGGAUAUAGGAUGGGAUGGAUGGUAAUACAUCUGGGGAUGGGAAUUUUAAGUAUGGUUUGGAGCUGGGCUUGGGGUAUUUUUUUUUCCUGACGGGGUAGAUAUGGAUCUGAAUGAAUUCUAUAUGGAUUCAUGGCGAAGGAGAGGAUUGUAGUUGCCCGCGUGAAAGUCAUGUCGAGUAUAUUAUUAUGAAGUGGGAGGGGGAUGAUAGUGGUUGAGGAGAAGAAAAUGGAAGAAUGAAGGAAAGUAGAUUAAAUUUUCAAUCCAACACAUUUUAAUGCUUUGCUUUGUAUUAAAGCGCGAGCAAAAUAAACAAGCAAAGAAU